CGCGCCAUGGCGGCCGGGCGCCUCCCGCCGGGCGCGCUCACCCUCAGGCAGCUCGCAGCACUGUCGUGGGGCAGCGGGCAGACCUCCCUGUCUCCUUGCCAGUUCCUGAGGCGGCAGCAGGUCCUUCAGCUGUACCGCAAGAUCCUGCGGGCUAUCCGGGAGGUCCCUGCUGAGCAGGAUCGCCGCUACUUGAAGGACUGGGCCAGGGAGGAAUUCAAGAGAAAUAAGGAUGCUACAGAAGAGGAUGCAAUCAGGAUGAUGAUUACUCAGGGCAACAUGCAACUUCAGGAACUUCAGAGAACACUUAGGCUGGCAAAAUCCUGAUCUUUAUUUUGUUGACAGUUGGAUUUUUAUCUACUGAAAAUAGGCAGAGUGUUUUUUCCAGAAUGUGGUUAGAAUGGCAGCCUUUGCUGGCAACUUGUUAAUGUUUGAAGGAGGAAUCUACCACUGGGGGGGGGGGUCUUUUUUCCCCUUCCCCAUCCAUUUCUCAGUUUGGCUACCCUUGGAAGUGGAAAUCACUUGGACACAAAGGAUAUUAAAGAACUGCAUGCAUAAUGUAGCAUGUGCUUGCAGGAAAAGGAGAAAAAGCACAAAAAAAUUACAACAGCUGUGUUAAUGCCACUGGAAUGGAAAAUAAAUAUAUGCCAGAUUA